AUGACUGCUUCUCCCGCCGUGGCUCGACUGCGCCAGCUCUUGGCCGACGAGAGCAAGAUCAUUGUCUGCCCCGGGGUCUACGAUGGUUUCACGGCCAGAAUCGCCCUCCACGAGGGGUUCGAUGCGCUGUACAUGACCGGAGCGGGGACUACGGCCUCGCGAUUGGGACAGCCAGACCUGGGGGUGGUCACCCUGAACGAAAUGCGGGGUAAUGCGGAGAUGAUCGCCAGCCUGGAUCCCUCGGUGCCUUUGAUUGCCGACGCGGACACGGGCUUCGGAGGGUCUCUCAUGGUUCACCGCACCGUCACUGAAUACAUCCGCGCCGGAGUGGCUGCCCUGCACCUCGAGGACCAGCCCACCAGCAAACGCUGUGGGCAUCUCAGCAAUAAACAGCUCAUCCCGGAGGAGGAAUAUCUGGACCGCAUUCGCGCCGCCAUCAAUGCGCGAGCUCGCUCCCGGGGGGAUAUUGUGCUAAUUGCGCGGACGGAUGCGCUACAGUCGCUGGGGUAUGAAGCGGCGGUUUCUCGACUCAAGGGGGCGAUUGCCCUCGGGGCCGACGUCGCGUUUCUGGAGGGCGUCACGUCCACGGACCAAGCCCGGCAGGUCUGCGAGGAGCUCAAACCCACCCCUGUUCUAUUCAAUGCAGUUCCCGGGGGCGUUUCACCGGAUCUGUCGGUGCAGGAGGCUCAGGAGCUCGGCUUCCGCCUGAUCAUCUUCCCUGGUCUGGCACUGGGGCCGGUGUACCAAGCUGUUCGGGAGGCAGCGCGACGGUUGAAGGAGACAGGAACCCAGGCCGUGCGAGUGGGAGAAAGCCCCCGCGACCUGUUCAACGUGCUGGGGCUGCAAGAGGCGGUGGCGCUGGAUCUGGCAGCCGGCGGGCGCUUGUAUGACAAGGGCGUGUAGCGGGACUUGAAGCAGCGGAAGAGGUUUCAGCCGGCUGGCCCCACGCAAAGAGCUUGGCCGAUGUAUACCACGAGAUAGCAGAUGAGAGCCAUGCUCCAAAUGGAAUAAACUCAUCCACCAGAUGCUCCUGUCUGUCAUUCAAGACGAACGGGUUCCAUGGAUCGGGAAGCAACCGAUCGGGGGGCGGUGGGGAGGGCGGUGGAUCGGCCACGGGCCAGCCUUGCGUCACCUGCCGCUGAGUCAUGGCUGAGUCACCCGCCGGUGAAAUUACGGUUACGCUAAGCCGAGUUUGGCUAAUGGUGGGGUUCCAGCCCAAGACAGCAGAACAGUACUC